AUGUCUAGCACCGACUCCUCUACGGCCCCGGCUGCCUCUCCGGACGCCGUGCUCUCGGUGGGCGUUGCCCUGUUUGACGGCGUGACGCAGCAAGACUACAUCGGUCCCAUCUCUGCCCUGGGACCGCACUGCAAGGUGCACCUGCUCCACACGAGCUCCGAGGCGGUGCGGAGCGACCUGCGCUUCGGCAUCCUUCCCUCUUCGACGUUUGCCGAUGUGCAGCGCGUCGACAUCCUGCUGGUACCGGGCGCGCCGACGCACUACAUCAUCGCGGCGCUGCAGGACGACGGGCUGAUGGAGGCCAUCGCGCGGCUGGGCCGUGGCGCGCGCUACGUGACGUCGGUGUGCACGGGUGCGGUGCUGCUGGGCUGCGCCGGGCUGCUGGACGGCUACCGCGCCACGACGCACUGGACGGCGCUGCCCGUGCUCGAGGCCAUGGGCAUCGAGACGGUGCGCCAGCGCGUCGUUCACGACCGCAACCGCCUCACGGGCGGCGGCGUCACGGCGGGCCUCGACUUUGGACUGACGCUCCUCGCGGUCCUCAAGGGCGAGGCGUGCGCCAAGGCAACCCAGCUCAUCCUCGAGUACGAUCCGCAGCCCCCCUUCAACGCUGGAAGCCCGCAGGGUGCAGGCAAGGAGAUCACGGCGCUCGCCCUCACGCCCGAGCGCCAGAGGACGGUGCAGCAGUGCAUCGACCUCAUCCAGCAGCGUCGUCGCGGAGGGCGCCCGGAGUAA